AUGCCUGCCUCGGACCACGGCAGCGAGACCGACAGUCUCCCCUACGCGGCCCCCAACGGUCACAUGCCUAACAAAACAACGCAGGGCCGUGCCGAAGAGCUCGACGACCUGAUCGCCGCGGUGCGGGACCUCAUUGUGCCCUACGUAAAGUCCGCCGAUGACAACGCCUCCAAGAAGCACACGGGCCGGCUGCCGCGCGAUGCCGCCGGCCACCCUUACAACGUGCUCCUCGAGGCGCCGCUCCCGCCGCGGGCGCUCGUCGAGCGCAUGGGCUUUGCGCUGCCACAAGGAGAAGGCAAAGGCAAGACCGGGCUCAUCGACACCAUCCAGGACCUGCUCCGGUACAGCGUCAACACCUGGGACCAGGGCUGGAUGGACAAGCUGACGGCGAGCACGAACCCGGUCGGCGUCAUCUCGGAAAUGGUGCUGGGGAUCUUGAAUACCAAUGUGCACGUGUACCACGUGAGCCCCGCGCUGACGGUGGUGGAAAAGGAAACGGGCCGGGCGCUGGCGGCGUAUUUCGGCUUCAGGGGACCCCGCGCGGGAGGCGUGACGUGCCAGGGCGGCAGCUCGUCGAACCUGACGUCGCUGGUGAUUGCGCGCAACGCGCUGUACCCGGACACGCGCGAGAAUGGCAGCGAGGGCUACCGGUUCGUCAUCUUUACGAGCGAGGCCAGCCACUACUCGAUUGAAAAGGCGGCGGUGGCGUGCGGCAUGGGCGCGGCGAGCUGCGUCGGCGUGCCGACGGAUCAGGACGGCCGCAUGUGCGUGACGGCGCUGCGGCGGCUGGUGCGGGAAGCGAAAGCACGGGGUGGCACGCCGCUGUAUGUAAAUGCGACGGCCGGGACGACGGUCAUGGGCGUGUAUGACCCGAUUCGCGCCGUCAAGCAGGUGUGCCAAGAGUACGGCAUGUGGCUGCAUGUGGACGGCGCCUGGGGCGGCUCCGUGGCCUUUUCGCGCACGCACCGGCACAAGCUCGACGGCACGGAGCUGGCUGACUCGCUGACGAUUAACCCGCAAAAGAUGCUCAACGUGCCCAUGACGUGCUCGUUUUUGCUGACAAACGACCUCGGCCGCUUUCACGAGGCCAAUAGCCUCCGCGCGGGAUACCUCUUUCACGAUCCCGAGGGCGGCGGUGAGGAGGUCUGGGAUCUGGCCGACAUGACGAUGCAGUGCGGUCGCCGCGCCGAUAGCCUCAAGCUGGCGCUUGCGUGGAUGUAUUACGGCGCGGCGGGCUUUGAACGAGGCGUCGACCAUGCGUUUGCCAUGGCGGCGCACCUGGCGGACCUGGUGGACAAGUCGCCCGAUUUUGUGCUCGUGUCGGCGAACCCGACGCCGUGCCUGCAGAUUUGUUUUUAUUAUGCGCCGGGUGGGAAAAUGGCAGAGGAUGCGAGGGAGAAUACACGGCGCACGAGGAGCAUGGCGGAAGAAAUGGUCAAGAGGGGCUUCAUGUUUGACUAUGCGCCGGGGCCGAGGGGUCACUUCUUUAGGGUGGUGGCGAAUUGCCAGACGCAGGUCGGGACAAUGGAUGGCAUCUUUAGGGGUUUGGUCGAGGUGGGAAGGGAAGUUGUGCCGCAGUGA